UCCUAUUUGAGUCGAAAUAGUUGAUCAUAUGAUUUGUUUCGUUUGAAAUUUUUUUUUGUUUCAUUUGUUUUUCAAUAAUUUGUUUGUUUCCAUUUUCUAUCCAAAAAAAAUCAAAAUGUUUUUGACCAACAUUUGUCUAAAUCGUAGCCGAAUGUUGAAUCGUUUUAUUGCAAAAACGGUUAUCGUACGUGAUGGUGAUGUUGAUGGUGCAAUUCGUGUUCUAAAUCGUAUAAUGGGUUCGGAAGGUUUAUUUGAUAUCUAUCGACGUACAAGAUAUUAUGAAAAACCAUUCAAUACACGAAGACGUGUUAGUUGGCAAAUGUGUAAAGCGAUAUAUGAUGAAGAUAUGGAAAGAAAAAUUCGAUUCGUUUCACGUAAAAAUCGUGUUAAUCCAAAUCCGGCUCAUAUUUUCUAAAUUUUCCAAUGAAAAAAAAUUUGUAGAUAUAUUGCCUUGUAAAUCCUAUCCAUAAAAAAAUAAGAAUAAAAA